AAUCACUCCAGGCAAAUGCUGAGCUGCAGAGGAUGUCGCUUGAAUCGUUUGGACCAAGUGCGAGCGUUUGUCUUUGACGACGUCCCGCAUUAUGACAACGUAGAAUUCAAGCCAAUUCAGGGAGCACCGCCACAACUGGUUUUGCUCACGGACGAAGAUAAGGAGGUCAACCGAAUCGACCUGGCACCGCUGAAUCGCCAGGAAUGCAAUGAGUUGCUGCUCAAGUACGGCUUCCGUCGCAGAGACGCUUCAGCGGAAAGUCCGAAAGCCACCGCGCGGGAUGACUUUUGAUGUCCGCACCGCAUCCCUAUCUUUUGGUCUCAAACAUUCCGUAGCAAUUAGCACGCCUUUCGUGUGUGGUGAAUUACUGUUUCGAAAAUGUCUUGAAUGUUUGUGCUUGUAAUAAAGAAUAUUCAUUGUACUGAAGACACAAGUGAACGAACAAAUUAUGAAGAUAAACAAAUAUCAACUAAGAAAA